CCGUCACUUUUAUUAGGAAACACUGAUGACUAGUUGACUUCUUGAUGAUGCAGUCGCACAUCGAUGACAAUUAACCAAACACGUUUGAGCAAACGGUGGAAUAUUAUGUUGCACAAUCUGUUAGUGUAACUGUUACCGCCGUGUCGUGGGGCCCCAUAAUCUUCAGUCUUUAAAACUAGUACGCAGCGUCUAGUGUAGCUACCAGAAUCAAUUUGUUCAAGGGCAAACUAACUGCAUCACGGUUUUACACCCACUCGCUCUGCUCUGCUCACUCCGCCCAGGAACCGUAAGUUUAUAGAAGGAAGCGCUGAGACAUCAGAGAGAAGGAUCGCUUGUGUGACAGCUGAUCAGAAGUGAACAUGGCAGAGGGAAAACUAGGUGCCAACAUUGGGGGCAACAUUGGCGCGGGAGCAGGCAUCCUGGCCAAACGCUUUCAGAAAUCAAUGAACCGAGCACAAGAGAAGGUCCUGCAGAAGCUGGGGAAAACCAUGGAGACAAAAGAUGAGCAGUUUGAGGAGUGCUCUGCCAACUUGAACAAACAGCAGGCAGAUGGCAUCCGACUCUAUAAGGAUGUUAAAGCUUACCACAAUGCUGUUAAAGUGAUGCAUGAAUCAUCAAAGCGCCUGUCCCAGACUCUUAAAGAUAUCUAUGAACCAGACUGGCAUGGUGUAGAAGAUCUGACUGUCAUAAUGGAGAGUGAGGAUCUCCUGUGGAAUGACUACGAGGAAAAGCUGAGCGAUCAAGCUGUUCGAACAAUGGAGAAUUAUACCGGACAGUUCAAUGAUGUCAAAGAAAGAGUGGCUAAACGAGGAAGGAAGCUGGUUGACUACGAUUCAGCUCGACAUCAUCUGGAGGCGCUACAGAACUCCAAGAAGAGAGAUGAGGCCAAAAUAUCAAAGGCCGAGGAGGAGUUCAAUAAAACGCAGGAGGUAUUUGAAGACAUUAACAGUGAGUUGAGAGAGGAGCUGCCUGUUCUUUAUCAAAGCCGUAUAAGCUGCUAUGUCACCAUGUUCCAGAACAUCUCAAACCUACGGGAUGUCUUCUACAAGGAAAUGAGUAUGUUGAAUCAUAACAUUUAUAAUAUGAUGAAGAAGCUUGAGGAUCAGCACUCCACCAAACCCUUCAUCAUCAAAGGUCUUGACAGCACUAAAUCAAAGAAGAGAAAGUCUGUUACGAUCUCUGCACCCAUCCCCUGUAACACCGCCUUCCCUCCUGAUCAUCCGGCCAUGAGCAAGCUCAGCAUGCCCAGCACCCUCACGCACACGGACACACGCUCAGACACUCCCUCAAAGAGCACAGGAAGCACAGCGUCUGAAAUAUCAGACUCGGAGUCAAACUCUUUUGACAGUGAACCCAACACACCCAAGCGGCAGUCUUUGUGUUCUGAGGGUGAAGGGGUUCGGUCUGAGGGAGCCACUGAAAACACAUCAGAAACUACCAAUGAUGAGUCUCUGCAAGCGAACGGCCAGGAACAUCAAGAUUCAGUGUCCACUGAGCACGGAGAAGAGGAGGAAACUAAAUCAGCAGCAUCAUCAGAAGAAACCCACCAUACAUCUACAGAUGGAGACAAUGAGGGAAAGCCCUUAUCAGACACCACAGACAAAACUGCACCUGUUCCAACCCCUCGAAGAUCCAGCACCUCCAAGAAAAAUGAAGGAGAGACUGAUCAAAAUACCACGGGAUGCAGCGAAGAUGUGAAAGUCCAAACGACGGAGUAUGAAAAUCCUCCUGGCUUCCUCUAUAAGGCUGUUGCUCUGCAGAGUCAGGACUCAGAUGAAGGUGUGCUUCUGCAGUUUGAAAAGGGAGAUAGGAUCCUUAUAUACAUCGACGAAGAAGAAGAAAAGGUGAGUUAUGUAUAGAGUUUACAUAAGGUU